AUGGCGCUCAUGAGGACGUCAUACUAUUUUUAUCCGCAUGUGGCUUAUUAACGUACCGUAUGAGACAUCAAUUUAAAGGUUCAGUUGUUUUAGUUUUAUGUUUUUAACUUAAACAUUAAAGUGAAAUGGCCUAUUAUCAAACUUAAAGUGAAUUUAUCUAAAUAUUAUUAAGAUAAGAAUAUAGUGAACCUUAUGGGUUUCUUAUAUAGCCGUCAACCGGAUACAAUUACCGCCUCGGUGAAAGACGAUUGAAUGUUACUGUCACCAUCGGAGUGUUUGCGAAUCGCAAGGAUCAUUGGUUAUAAAUUACAGAUUUUGACACUGGAUUCGGUAUUGUGGGUAUUUAGCAAAAUGAAUGAUAAUUAUUGUGAUAUAAUUAAUAAAAAGAAUUUGGUGAUAACUGAGAUUUUAGAAACCGAAGAAUCAUAUGUAAAUCAUUUGAAAGAAAUAGUAGAGGAGUAUUUAGAAUAUUGGAAGCAUAAGCAAAUAUUGUCAAAAGAGCAUUGCAAUCAAUUAUUCGGAAAUAUCACGGAAAUUUAUGAAUUUUCAAGAAUAUUUUUAAACGAAUUAGCAUUGGCCAAUAAUAACGUACCACAAAUUGCUCACUGUUUUUUGAAUAAUCAUCUUGGGUUUAUUAUUUACUCAACAUACUGUAUUAAUUUCCAAAAUUCUGAUGCCAUAAUAUCAAAAAUAAUGCAAAAUCGACAGUCAACCAACAUCAUAUAUCAAAGGCAAAAAGAAUUAGGACAUCGUCUUCCACUUGGAUCUUAUCUAGUACUGCCCAUACAGCGUAUUUUAAGAUAUCAUUUAUUACUUAAGAAAUUAGCUGCAUAUACAUCGUGUAACGAAACUGAUCAUUCUUUAGUCGUAAAAGCUCAUGAUAAAAUGGUUAUUCUAGCUAAAAUUAUUGAUGAGACAAAAAAUAAAUAUGAAAAAGAAGGCCGCAUUAAGGAUAUACGAUUGAUGAUUAAACAUUUGAAGGAUAAAACAAAUGUCGAUCUAUCUAACAAUUGUUUUGAAUUACAUGCCGAAGGCGAUUUAAUGAUCGCGGGAACGAAGAAGAAACUACAUGUGAUUAUAUUGAACAAUAUGUUAUUGAUCGUCAAAGAACAAAAAUGUGGACUGUUGGAAUACAAAACUCAUAUAAAGAGCCGAAACUUUACUGUGAUUGAACAUGUGAAAGGGAAUCCACUAAGUUUUCGUUUAGUAUCUAACACGGGAUCUAAACAUUCAUUUACAUUGCAAGCGACUUUAGUGGAGGAAAAGAUAUUUUGGGUUAAGAUGCUAAACAAUAUUAAAAAAGACACUUCAGAGUUCUCAAGCGUUAGCUUUGCUGAAUUAAUGGCCAAAUAUUUCUAUAUACCAAGAGGUAUUUAACUAAUUAGUUCUAAAUAGCUAUUGCCUAUUACUAAAAAUAGUCUUUAAUUAAUUAUUAAGAGUUAGGUAUUUGUUAGUUGUUAUA